AUGCACACCACUACUGUACAGUCUCUCAUGGCUGACAUCAUCACAGAAACACCAACUCCUGGAAACAUCACAGGAAACUCCACAUCUGCUGCUGCUCACGUGGUCAUGGUGAUCAGCUGGUUGACUUUCUGGCUCGGGCUGUCCGCCAUCGGACUGGCCCUCUACAUCCUCAGGAAUCUAUCCAAAGGUGACACGUCACUGAUCCACAGUCACUCUUCUGGUCAAAGCUUACUCAUUUACACAAGUGAAUGUACCAACUACUGUGAGGGUGUUCCCAUCACUAACUUCCAACCCUGUGCUCUUCAUCCAGGAGAGAGUAAAGUUCCCGUGCAUGUCAUCUUCCUCCUGGUGUCUGACGUCAUCAGCUUCUUCAGCUGUCCCAGAGUGACUCAGGACACACAAAAUAACACCAUCCUCUCCUCCAGUGGCGUAGACUUCCUCUUUUACUUUGGUGUAGUCUCUAACAUCACCCUGAUGGUGUUCAUUGCUCAGGAGCACCACCUCCUGGUGGCCUAUCCUAAGUGCCAUGGCUGCUGCACCCGCAUCAGGCUGUCUCCUGCAGUAACCUUUCUGGCAUGGGCUGCUCCGUUUGCAAUGCUCGCCCUUGCUGUUCCGCAUUAUAACUUUUGGUUUGCUGUGUGUUUUCUAGCUCCUUUUCCUUUUCUCCUGUUUCUUGCUGUGGAUUCUUGGCGAGCCCUCCACUGCUCACGAUCCAAUCCCCCAACCCCUGAGAGGAGGACAGCGUGGGGAAUCGGUGCAAUCUGGGCCAACUACACAUUCCUGUAUUCACCCUUUAUCCUCAGCAUCCUGUUGGAGGCUCUGUCCUUUACAGACCAGGUGUACUACCUGGGACUGGUGUCUCACCUGCUGCUCUACCUCAGCCCUCUGGUGGAUCCCUUCCUUUAUAUAUUCAUGACCAAAGGUCCAAAAGAGGUUCUGCUGGUGUUACCCUGCUGUCAGAACUCAAGAAAGAAAGUGUGGGCAAUUUCUGUUAUUCUUAAAGAAAAGAGUCGGAGAGAGUUUUUUCAGUCGAGACAGCGUGGUCUUUUAUUUGUCUUCUCACAUCUCAGGACAGCCGAAAGACCCUGACAAAAGAGUGGUUCCCCUUUUUAUAGCUCACAGCCUUUGAACAUUCAUUAGUCAACCGGCGAGAACCAGACCAUAUUUGGUAGCACAUCUCUUCUGUGGAAACUGUGGGCGGAGACUUCUGUCUGGGACACAGCAACACUUUUGGAAUCACAUCAAGUAUUUAGCAAGUCAGAUAAGCUUUAAGCAAUUUUCCUGGAAGCAAGCAGAGACCAAAACAGGAAAUUCCUUCGGAGCUGAUGUUGGAACAGCACACGAACUCUAGCCAGAAAACACUUUCAACCUAAGAACUCAGCUUUAACUCAAUACAUUUUGUAGAUGACCUCUUGACCUUUCUGGCGCCAACAGUCCUCCCUUUGGUGGACAAGAACCCUCUGUGGAAACGGUGGCAGAAUCUGUAGAGACAAGGCUUUAAAGAAAUUAGCAGAUAUGCAGCACAUACACUUGGAGAAAAGGAAGAAAUGUAAUAAUACAAAAGUAAAGGUAUACACAUGGGCUGUAUGCUAUUAUUUUAACCUUUCAACAAUUAGACUUACAAAAAAAAAUUAUAGAAAAUUGAGUUUCGUAAAAAAUAAAGCAGCCUAAUGGACAGACAUACUAAUGUACGUUUGGGUAUUGCACAAGUAUUGCACACCCACUGCACUGAUGUAAGUGUGUAAAAGGAAAAUGCCAGUAAGUGUUAAACUGUGGCGUAAACGAUGUAAGACCCAUUAUUCAUCAUACACUGGUGAAAUUAGAGCUCUGCAUUGGCCCGUUCCCUGGGGGAGCAGUGAGCAGCAGACACAACUGCGCGCUUGCACUAUUUGGUGGUUUGACCCCCUAGUUGAACUCCUUAAUGGUGAGUAUCAAGCGAGGAGGCAUUGGGUCCCAUUUUUAACUCAACUCAGGUCAACUUUACUUUAUUUCUAUAGCACAUUUACACAAUUCUCAUUGAUCAAAGUGCUGCACACAAACACCAAAUUAAAGAACAAUAUUAUAGUAC